UGAGUCACAUCAGGCGUUUCCUUUACGCAUGAACUCCAUCAACGGUGAAAGGUGGAGCAAACGAAACCACAGACAGAGACAGAUAUAAAUUGAUGGCAUCGUUGGGAAGCACAUGAGAAGAUGAAGAGCAUGCAGAGCUGCAGAGUGUGUGUGAUGGUGUGCGCCGUGCUGUUGUCCUGCGCCUCUGGCAAUGAAAUUUACCAUCUAGAUGACGAGGAGGCGGUGGAUAUAGACAGGAGAGCCCUGAGGAACUUCUACCCUAAAGAGCCUAAUUUAACCAGCCAGAAAGAGCUUCUUGGGGCUCUGCAUGAUGUUUUGGAAAAGCUGCAGAGCAAACGGAUCUCAAUUUGGGAAAAGAAGUUUAGCCGAGUUCCCACGUGUGGGGUCGGGCAGCAGUGUGCCAUGCGGAAAGGCUCGCGUAUCGGCAGGAUGUGUGACUGUCCGAUCGGAGCGGCUUGCAACACCUACCUGCUCAAGUGCUUAUAAUCAUUCCAUUACGUCCACUUGGAAAUGGAUUCAUUAAAUUAAUUUAAUUUUGAGUUCAUUCACGUUUUUGAUGUACAUAUGUACAUUUUGUCUGUCAUCAUUGUUUUAAUGAAACCCCAUAUCAAUGGAUUUAUUUCGUUAUAUAAUAUAAUAUAAUAUAAUAAUAAAGUUAUUAAAGUGCGACUGAGUUGCAAACACUUGUCCAAUAUUUUUCUUUGCAAUAAUGAUGUUCCCAUGCAUGAUGUUCAUUCAUUUAACACACAUCAAUCCUUAAUUAAAAAUAACUGGAUAUAGCUUUAGUUUUCAGAGCAGCAGCUGAUUAUGAAACAAGGAGUCACACAGCAUGAAAAGGGACACCAGCAGUGAGUGAGAGACGCUGUCAUAACACAUCUAGGACAUUUUGAUUGAUGUCUUACAUCUAAAUCUGAUCCUUUAAUCUUAUGUAAUGCAGGGUAUGUCUUUGUAGAGACGCUUGUCCAGUCACCAUAAAUGAUUUGCUUGUGAAAGCUUUAACUGACUCUAAACUCAUGAGUUUGCAUCCCAGAGGAGAGGAGAGGAUUGAAAGGCACAGAACUUUCACAGUCAGUCUCUGCAUAAAUAAAGCGUCCCUCCGAGGCUACCCAUUUGUGAAGGUCAGCACAAAACCACCCUUCAUCACGUACAUCAAAAUUGCGUCAACUGUCCAUCAAUUCAGGCCUCUGACUGUGCGCUUUCACUUCAUAUUAGUUUCACUACCGUUUAUUAAUAUUUACAAAACGUUCCAGAGGAAUCCACAGGGCGUGUGCGCGCACGUGAGAUUCAAAUCAAGCUUCAUUGAAAUGCAUUAAAAAAUAUUUAUACCUAAAGCUAUGUGUGUACUGGUGGUGGUUUUAAGUUUCACAAUGUUUUGCCAUGCCGGUCUGUAGGGCAAAAACUUGGCGUGACUCAAGAACUCCUUAAAAUCUUUAUCAUCUUAUACUGACCAAUUAAGAUGAUGCCUUCAAGAUAUGACUGAUAUGAGAAUGAAAGGUCACUAAACAGGAGGCAUUAAUAAAGCAAGAGAAAUUGUAGAUACGUCCGAG